AAAGAAUCAUUUCUCUCAUGCUUUCAACUAUUCUCUCUUCUUCUUUCUAUUUAUUUUUCACUAAAUAUCCAUCUAUGGCCUUAAACAAACUAAUAGGAAAUGGUAAGAGAAACUCACCUCAUUUAUUCACAAACACAAUUACAACCAAAUCACUUCUAAUCAUUCCUUAUUCAUAGAGAAAACCACUCAUUCAUUCACUUUAUUAUUUGUGUCAAUAGAUGAAAUAGAUGAGAUCCAAGUAGUAAUUCUUUUGGUAAGUGUAGAUUUUUGGCUUUGAAUCAGUAACUUCAAUACUAAGAAAGCAUUUGAAUUUGUCUAAAUUGUUGAUUUUAAAGUAAUCAUGGAGAAAGGCAAAGUAGUAUCCCCCAAUAGCUAAAUCAGUUUCUCAAAAAUCCCACCAUCAUUCACCAUAAAGUUGGCCCAUAACAAGUGCAUAAUUAAUCAAUUCAACAAUAUAGAAAAAAAGUGAAUAACCAAGCCUUUAGUCAAAGUGCAUAUCAGUUAACAGUAAGGUUUUGGGCUGCUGCUAAAUGAUCUAUUUUCUUUAGGAAGGUGUUAUCUGAGGGAGUUAAAGUUACUUAAUAUUGCAAUUCCAAACAAUCCAUAAAGACAAAAACAAGUGGUAGCCUGCACUGAAUAUUUCAGUUUUCAACCAUAUAUAAACACUAAAUAUCUCUUCAAAAAUCAUACCAAUUCAACCUACAGAAAUUGGCUGUUUGCUUUCCAAUUCCUAUAUCCUAUCUAUAUCAAACAACAAUUCAGCCAACAGAAACUCAAAUAUGAAAAAAACACAGGUGGUGCUUAUCCCUUCACCCUUUGUAGGUCAUAUAGUCUCAACCCUCGAGUUCGCAAAACUUCUAAUCAACCGUGACAACCGUCUCCGAAUAACCGUCUUGAUUAUGAAAUUUCCACUCGCCACAGAAACCGAUCUCUAUACUAAAUCCCUUCCCAUCACAGAUUCACUCAGCAUCAUCAACCUUCCAGAAUGUUCUCUUUCUCCAAACUCCGAUCCAACUUACUCCAUGUCCGCUCUCCUCGAAGCUCAAAAACCAAACGUCAAACAAGCCGUCUCUAAUCUAACCACCGUAGAACAAAAACACGGACACCUUGCUGCUUUCGUUGUGGACAUGUUCUGCACCACCAUGAUCGAUGUUGCUAAAGAAUUCUCUGUCCCUACGAUAGUCUUCUUCACUUCUGGUGUUGCUUUCCUUGGUUUGAAUCUUCAUAUUCACACUCUCUUUGAAAGAGACAGCUUCGACUCGACUCAAUUGCUGCAACUCAAUGAGUUGGCUGUCCUGAGUUUCGCCAACUUGGUUCCUAUUGCUACGUGGCCGCUCUUUGCUGAACAACAAACAAAUGCUUUUGAAUUGGUGUGCGAGUUGAAGAUAGGUGUGGAGAUUGUGUUAGACUAUAGUGUGCAGUUUAAUGAGUCCUAACUAUUUUGUAACUGCUGAUAAGAUUGAGAGAGGAAUAAGGAAUGUGUUGGAUAAGGAUGGAGAAGUAAGGAAGAAAGUGAAAGAGAUUAGUGAAAAAAGUAGGACAGCUUUGUUAAAGGGUGGAUCUUCCUACGCUUAUUUAGG